CCCAGAUCAUCACUACGCCCGCAAAACCCUCACCUCGCGACUUUUCUCUUAUCCCUAUGUAUAUUUUCCUUGUCCGGAGCUACUGCGAUCGUUCAAGUUCCCUUGACCCAGCUGAUGGAAGACAACUUGUGCGACCGGUAUUUAGGUGAAAUUGGGCGACAAGACUCAAUCGAUAGAGCAAUAUGCAAGGCCGACAGGAUUCAAUCUGAGCUUGCGUAUCUCAACGCUUCAUUUGGAGUGAUAGAGUCCAUGACCAGUCUCAUUGCUGCAUUCCCUUACGGUGUCUUGGCUGAUAAGCUCGGUCGCAAACCGAUCAUCUAUCUAUCCAACACGGGAACCGUGUUGUACCUUGCUUAUGUUCUGGCUGUCCUGAAGUUCUCUAAUCUUUUGGCGAUCGAAUACAUCCUCUUGGGCCCUCUAUUCACUUUCAUCGGUGGUGGAAGCACUGUUAUCAAUGCCGGCCUAUAUUCUCUGGCUUCAGAUCUGGUGCCUGACACAGAUAUAACAAUUUCGUAUUUUGUGAUGGCAUUUGGAAGUUUGUCCGGAUCUUCAGCUGGUCCGGCGAUCUCUUCUAAACUGAUGGAAAAAUAUUCACCAUGGCUCCCUAUUCUCAUUGGUACCUUGAUGGUUCCCGCCAGUAUGGGCUUGCUGGUCUUCCUUCCUGAGGUGAUCACACUCAGGGAUGACUCCUCCGAGAGAUAUGUCUCAGAACGGGGAGAGCUUUCGCCUACCACGUUCAAGUCACGUUUUUCACAGUCCUGGACUGGUCUCAAAACAUCCAUCCAGAGGCUUCACUCAUUGCCAAUUGUCUUGAUUCUGAUCACUUAUCUCAGGGUCAACCCCGAGGGUCUAGCCUAUGGACAACUGCUCAUGCAAUAUGUGAGCAAGCGAUUUGACUGGACUUUCGCAGACGUUGGCUAUCUCCUUACAGCUCGUGGAAUCGCUCAGAUGCUCGUCUUACUUGUCUUGUUUCCUGUGAUAUCAAAGCUGCUUUCAAAACACCUUCGGCCAGCUGUCAAAGACUUAAUGCUUGGACGCGUCUCGGCUUGUUUGGUGAUACUCGGGGCCCUUUUUACGGGAGCCUCGCAUAUAGGCCUUGUAAUAUUUGGCUUGAUACUUCAGACAUCAGGGGCUGGCUUGAGCGCCAUAUGCCGAUCCAUAGCUAUGAGCUAUAUGCCAUCACACGACAAGUCGAAGAUGAAUACGAUGAUCGGGAUCUCUGAAACUCUCGGCUCUCUGUUCGCAGGGCCGGCAUUAGCGUGGCUUUUUGCACUUGGUAUGAAGUUUAAUGGGGUUUGGUUUGGGCUCUCAUACUUUGGCUUAGCAGCAUGGUGUGGGCUCUGUCUACUUGGAUUGUUCAUUUUGGAACCUGUCCGGGAUCAGGAGCUCAUGCAUAUAGAUGAAACCCAGCCCUCAGCGGGGUCUGAUGCGGAUUAG